AAUGAUUUUCAAGCGCGCAUGCCUAAAAAAGUAAAACUGGUACGCAACAGAUUUUUUUAUUUCUUUUAACGUGUGUAUUAUGAUGUUUUCUGUCCGCCAGUUUUACAUCUCUUGCGGAUUAAUAUCUAAUAAAAAUGUCAAACUCACUUGUGAACAAAGGGCUUGAAUUACUAGGAUACGAAAAGAGUAUAAAACAGGAAAAAAAGAAAAGAAAACACAUAAAAUAUAAGGGUACAUUAGACUUGAUUCCCCCAAAACAUAGAAUAUUAUCAAAAAAAGACAAAACAGAUCUUGGCACAAUCCUUGGACGGUCAAGUAAAGUGACUGUUUAUGAAACUCAAAAACGAUUGGUAGCACAAAAGGAUCCUACAGAGGAAAAUGUGCAAAGGCUUUUAAAGCUUAGUACCAAUCAUAUUAAUUUAGAUGAAACAAAUAAGCUAUUUAAUCGAGCUAUAAAGAAAAAAUGUAUUCCAAGGAAGGAGAAGCCUAAGGAACCUGAAACUACUGCAUUCACAGAAGAAGAUUUCAAGAAAUUUGAGCAAGAAUACAUGGAUCAAUAACUUGUUAUGUUCACAAGAAUUUAGGGAAGGUUUAAACAUCUGUCGAACCUUGUUUCGAAAGCAUCCGCACGUUAUUUACAAACUGCUCCAAUGCCGACGCCAUUACUGCAAAUGCUUUCUUCUCAUCACCACCUUU